AUGUUAGGCAGUUUUAGAACUGGAAACUUCCAUCACGAGACGCGUGGCCCUGAUGGCGUCACCUAUGGCUGUUAUGGUCUGAUCGAUCCCUAUCAUCUGCUGCGCGCCACACACUAUGUGGCCGAUGUGCAUGGCUACCGCACCGUGGAGCCGGAGAAACCAGUGGAGACCUUCCCGCCCGGUCUGUAUAAUGAGACGAACGGCGGACCGUCCAAGCCUGGCAUCCUGCUGCAGUGGCACGAACUCUACUUUCCCAUUGGCUGCGGCAAGUUUGAGGGCGGUGCCAUCCAUGAUAUACCCUAUUUCGUUGUGGAUGAUAACAAGAACAAGGGCAGUGGCACAUCUGGCUCAUCGCUCUCCUCGUUUAACAUACCUGUACUGAAGGGUGAGGGCCAGAAGAGUUUGCCCAUUCACAAGCAGGGACCGAAGGGCCUGUUCAACACAAACGAAGGACACACAAACGAGGGACCUGGCGUUCAGGCUCCGUCCUUCCAUUCGGUGGCAUCUCUUAGACCCGGCAGUGAGCUUUUGUCUGGAACACGCGGUGUUGUGGCGGAUUCAAAUCUUUGUGUUUCAGAUGAUGGAAAGUACAAUCCAGAAGAUAAUCGCUAUCAGCAUAUUGUGGGUCCCCAGGGCGGGUUUGGCCCCAAUGGAGGACCAAUCGGCCCGAAUGGCGGUUUCGGUCCCAACGGAGGACCAAUUGGUCCGAAUGGAGGUUUCGGUCCCAAUGGCGGACCCAACGGUCCAAACGGUGGCCUCGGACCUAAUGGUGGCUUCGGACCAAAUGGAGGAUUCGGACCGAACGGUCCUCCCGGUCCCAACGGACCCAAUGGACCCAAUGGGCCCAACGGCCCACCUGGACCCAAAGGACCACCCGGACCACCAGGACCUCCGGGACCAGUCGGCGAGGGAUCAGGAGCCUCAGGAAAACCGGUAUAUAGGGAUGGCGAUCGCACUGGCAGCGGUGCUGGCAACAAUAUCGGUGGUGGAGAUGCCACAGGCCCGGGCGGCGGUUUCGGUGUCGGUGGCGGUGACAAAUACCAAACCGGCACCGGUUCCGGCGCUGGUGAUGGUGGCAAAUACCGUCCUGGCACUGGUACCGGAUCUGGUGAUGGUGGCGCUUACCACACCGCCAGCGGCUCCGGCCCUGGCGGUGUUGGCGUCUAUCCUCCCGGCAAAGGCUCCGGUGUUGGCGGCGGUGAUGCCACCGGUCCUGGCCCUCUGGGCGGUGCUGGCCAAUAUCGCCCUGGCAGUGGUGGCAAUAUCGGUGACGGUGAUGCCAACCAACCAGGUGCCGGUGAUGGCAACCGUCCAGGCGCCGGUUACAAUACAGGUGCCGGUGAUGGCAACCGUCCAGGCGCCGGUUACAAUACAGGUGCCGGUGAUGGCAACCGUCCAGGCGUCGGUUACAAUACUGGCACCGGCGUUGGUGGCCGCCCGGGCAGCGGUAAUGGCGGCUAUAACGGCAACCAGCCCGGCAAUAAUGGUGCCUACACUCCAGACACAAAUACCGGUUUUCCUGGGGCCAUCAAAUACACUUCAGGAGCCGGCCCCACUGGACCUCCAGCUCCACCAUAUGUGCAUGUAGUCGGACCCGAGGGCGGCUAUGGCGGCAACGGAGGCAAUGGCGAUGGUGGCGGUACUGGAGGAUUUGGUCCCAACGGACCCGGUGGACCAAACGGACCCGGCGGACCCAAUGGACCUGGCGGACCAAAGGGACCCAAGGGACCACCCGGCCCACCUGGACCACCAGGACCACCAGGACCUAAUGGACCCGAUCGUCCAGGACCCAAGGGACCAGGCGGCCCACCCGGACCCCCAGGACCACCAGCCAAUGGAGGACACGCUGAGCUGGGCCCACCAGGACCACCAGGUCCUUACGGCCCAACACGUCCCGGACCACCAGGCCCUCCUGGCCCACCCGGCCCAACUCGUCCCGGACCACCCGGCCCAACAUACAAGCCGAACGAUCCCAGGCAUUCGGACAAGGAGACACCUGGCUACCUGCCGCCAAAUCAACCGGCCAAAGGUCCCGGCUAUCACUAUUAA